UUGAAUAAAAUUAUUUUAUUUUUUUUUCUCCUCGUUUUGUAUGCAGUCAAGAUUUUGUGUAAUUUUAAUUGAUACUCAACACACACCCACACACGCACACACACACACACACUAAUAGAAAAACAAAAACAGAAUACGCUUAGUAAACAAAACGAAAACCAAACCAAACCAAAUUGCAUAAAAACUAAAGCCGUAAGUGUUUACACCUGUCGAUAUGAUACCUAAUUGUGGACCCGUUACGCAAGCAUUGCUGGGAACAUUGCUGACUUGGGGUUUAACAGCAGCGGGCGCAGCAUGCGUCAUAUUUGUACGUGGCAGUCAACGCAAAUCGCUGGAUGCAGCUUUGGGCUUUGCAGCAGGUGUCAUGGUUGCGGCCUCCUUCUGGUCACUGCUCAGUCCAGCAAUUGAAAUGGCAGAAAAUUCACAUCUCUAUGGCAUCUAUGCAUUCAUGCCAGUUUCAGGCGGUUUUCUGCUGGGCGCAAUAUUCGUUUACGGCUGCGAUAAGCUGAUGUCAUACCUGGGACUUAAUAGCACAAACAUGAUGAUAUCUAUGACACAAACCAAUAAAGAUAAAGCUGAAAUUGCUAUGGAUGAUUUAAAGCACUCACAAAAUGGCAUUGAAUGUACAACGAAAAAGGGUAUGGACAGUUUCUCAGAUUGCUUGAGCAUGCAACACAGUGGUGAACCGAGACGCCGUAAGAAGUCCAGUCUUGCCGAGGUUGAACAGCAACAAACAUAUAUAGCUGAUGAGCAGAGCAUUGCUGCCGCUAAUGCGCUGUCACAAUGGAAACGCAUUAUGUUGCUAGUCGUGGCCAUAACAGUACACAAUAUACCUGAGGGUUUAGCUGUGGGUGUUAGUUUUGGUGCUAUUGGUUCAACGGAAGCAUCCACUUUUGAGACUGCACGUAAUUUAGCCAUUGGCAUUGGUAUACAAAACUUUCCAGAAGGUUUGGCGGUAAGUUUACCAUUACAUGCAGCUGGUUUUAGUGUAGCACGUGCUUUAUGGUAUGGACAACUCUCUGGUAUGGUGGAACCAAUCUUUGGUAUACUAGGAGCUGUAGCUGUAGGCUUCGCAAAUCUUAUAUUACCAUAUGCAUUAUCAUUCGCUGCUGGUGCUAUGAUUUACAUUGUAGCUGAUGAUAUUUUGCCAGAGGCGCAUGCUAGUGGAAAUGGCACUAUUGCCACGUGGGGCACAAUUGCUGGCUUUCUGAUAAUGAUGUGCCUGGAAGUGACAUUAUCGUGAUUUUAGACAAAUGCGACAAUUCAGAGUAUUGUCUGUCUAUACGUCAACGAAGGAUUUUUCUAUUCAUAUUGUGAAUUCCGACCACAGUCGAUAACACUGAACGCAUGUGUGUAUAGAGAAUUAUGAUACCAUUUUCAUGUAAACCUAUAGUUCAACUAAAUAUUUUUGUACAUCCUAUAUAAAUGUAUUAUUUUAAUGUUAGUGCUUAU